AUGGCGGCGCCGGAGCCGCCGCCGCUGCCUGAGGGUUCCAGGCCGCUGAGCGCGCUGCUGAACGGCAUUGCCCAGGCCGCCUUCCACGGCAACGCCGGCAUCACCGAGGAUCUGCUGCGCACCCAGCUCUACCCCGAGGCGCCGCCGGAGGAGUUCUGCGCUUUGCGCGCCAAGAUGCGCGGCCUCCUCCAGUCAAUUGCUUCAGCAGACAUGGAUUUGAAUCAGCUGGAAGCUUUCCUCACUGCCCAAACAAAAAAACAAGGUGGCAUCACAUCAGAUCAGGCUGCAGUCAUUGCAAAAUUUUGGAAGAACCACCGGACUCAAAUCCACGAGAGCCUGAUCAAUCAGAGCCGCUGGGAUAAUGUCUUGAAAAACAUGAACUGGCGAGUGGACCUGAAGUCACAGCUGAGGCACAUUGAUCAGAUAAACACUCCUGUUGCAAUAGUUGAAAUGGAGCUGGGAAAAAAUGGGCAGGAAUCAGAGUUUCUCUGCCUGGAGUUUGAUGAGGCCAAGGUGAGCCAGAUGCUGAAGAAAUUGUCAGAAAUAGAGGAGAGUAUGACCUUGUUGACUCAGACUAGUUAAUCAAAUAAAGAGAUUGAAACUUACAAAAAAA